AAAAAAAUUAGUCAAAUUCAAUUUGUCCAUCUUCCGGUGUGUGACCGGAUAAUCGGACGGGUGGCAAAGGAUGCCAAUCUGUCCCACGGGGCAGGCCGGACUGGUGAACCCGUGAACCCGGCUCGACCAAAAAACUUUACUCCGCUCCGCGAUGCGAUGAAGUGUGAUAAAUUGAACUGUCACAAUGCGAAAGGCGCCUCCAAGGACUAGCGCAAUAUUGUUUACACUGGCGUCGGCCUCCCGAUGAUGAAAUUCGUCCAGCGGAACGUCGUCCAUCCACAGCAAGUCGAGGACAUCGGCGCGUCGCGUAUCGUCCGUGUUCGUCUGCCCCAAGUAAUUGUUGCUGGUGCGGCCGAGUGUAGCCACCGGUCCGACCAAACCGAAGUCUUUCGUAGUUAGAGCUUAACUAAGUAAAUCUGGCGAGAACCGCCUGGAACCAGUGGAGUACCAGAGAGUUCCGACGUAGAACCGCCAUCAUGCUCCGAUCGUACAAACUGUAUCUGAUGCUGCUGGUCAGCUCGAUCUUCUUCAUCGUGUGCCAGAACCAGGGUUCGAUCACGAAUCUCGUCAGCAACGUGUCAGCCACAUCCGGGACCGGGUCCGAUGACGAUCCGCUUGGCCCCCAGGGACUCGUGGCGGCCGAUAGCGACCUAACGGCGUUCGGGGAACCGGAACCGGCACUAGCGGAGAAAAUCCGCUCCAGGAGUCUCAACUUUAAGGAGCUGCCACUGAAGCUCGACCGCUCAUCAUCGACGUCGGCCGCAACCAGCAGUUCGGCGGCGGCCGCAACAAGCCCAACAUCCGCCUCGACGACGAUGUCCACGACGACGGCGUCGACGACGACCACCACUUCUACGACCACGACCGAGAAACCGUCGGUGGUGAGCAAAGAAACAGCGCCGGACAGUACCGGACAGCAGCAGGCAGCGUAUCGAUUUCCGGUGGACACGGCCGUGCUGCCACCGCUGUACAUCAUCACACCGACGUACCGGCGGCCGGAGCAGAUCCCGGAGCUUACCCGGCUCGGUUACACGCUGAAGCACGUGCAGAACGUCCUCUGGAUUGUGGUGGAAGACGCGGACAGCUGCACCGAGACCGUGGCCCGAUUGCUGGAAGAGAUCGGUGUGCCGUACGUGCAACUCGCAGCGUCCAUGCCGUCGCAGUAUCGCAAGCACAAAGUAAAACCACGAGGAGUUUCCAACCGCAAUCGGGCGCUCCAGUGGAUCCGGGCAAACGCCACCGAAGGGAUCCUGUACUUUGCCGACGACGACAACACCUACAAUCUGAAGCUGUUCGAGCAGCUUCGGCGGGUGCGCAAGGUGGCCAUGUUCCCGGUCGGGCUGAUAUCGAAGUUCCAGGUGAGCUCUCCGAUCGUGAAGAACGGCACGAUAACGGGCUUCUACGACGGGUGGCUCGGUGGGCGCAAGUACGCCCUGGACAUGGCCGGGUUCGCCGUGUCCGUCAAGUUUCUGCACUCGCGCCCAAAAGCCCAGAUGCCGUUCAAGCCGGGCUACGAAGAGGAUGGCUUCCUGCGCAGCCUGGAGCCGCUCGAGCUGAAGGAAGUGGACCUGCUGGCGUCCAACUGUACGGAGAUUCUGACGUGGCACACGCAGGCGAGGAAAAAUCCCCCAGCUCCGGCCCUGGACCGUUCGAAGUACUCCGGCACGAACCUGGUGAAGCUGACGAACUGGCUGGUGUAGAAAGAGUGGACCACGACCGGGCACCAACUGGUGGUACCGCGUUGGUUGAAAAAAUUAUCCGUCUGGGUGUUUAAACAAAUGCCGUAGGAGCAGGCUGCAGUAUCCCCGGAAUGAUGUCCUGCAGGAGCAGCGAGAGAGAGAAGGAAGGAGCAUGGAUCGUCACGCUCGGGAAUUGUGGGACAAACCGACGGUGCGUCGGGUGCGUUCGUUUUUGUAACAAAAACUGUUCGAAACAUUACUUAGAUAGCGACUCUUCGAGAGGAUACCAAGUGCUGCUGCUGCAAAUUCGUCAUAUUCGGGUUUGUGCCGCACAGAAGCACCACACAUUGGUACUUAAGGCAGAUUGGACCGUGACCGCCGUCUCUUUCCUUCCGUUUCCGGUCUGUCCGUCUGCAGAUUGUUGGGUGCAAAGAUGGAUGCGAAACGGAACUGAUUUGUAUGGUGACCGAUGAACCGAUUGAACUAGCUGAAAGGGCCGCGUUUUAAGAUUAGAGAUAGCAUAGGUUAGACCAGAAAAGUGGCCAAAUCUGUUCACAAAUCUACACAAACCACUAGCAAUGUUCUGGUUUCUUUGGUUUAGUCGACACCGAAAAGUGUGAUAAGCGCAUAAGGGCGGGAUGGGCGCAAUGUUUCGAGAUACGGUUAGUAAAUCACAGCUAGUGCUAGAAAGUGGGAUUUUUCUUCCACUAUCUCCGCCAAGGACCGGAGGUCGGACCGGUCGAAAAUGUAUCAAGAUCUUUGACACAGAUGACACAGAGCGCAGCGCGGAACAAAAUCUUCGUUCUUAUCUCGUAAAUGUUAACAUACAGUAUACAGUAAACAAUAUCCCCCACAAUAUACACAUACACAUUUCCGAUUCCAAUCACAAAUAGUACGGAGCCGGAGUUGGCGGUUCGGCAACUCCGUUUGGCCAUCAAGCGAACUCCGACCAGGGUCAGGAGAGAUUUUAGAUAGUAACGUUUUUAACCAAUUUUUAAUUGAUUAGCCAUGGACACAGGGCAAGCCCUCGCCAAACGCGCGAGGGCACUAAACAUGAUGAUGAUGCAGGAGCGCAAGAGCGAUGGUAGCGAUCCGUUUGAUUCGGUUUUGUAAAUAUUACUACGAAAAAAAUUCCAAGAAUUUUUCGUUUCACCAAAUCUUAGACUAGUGUGUAGAUAAGCCACUCAUAGACUAGUGUAUCUAAAUCGUAGCUUUUUAUGAUUUACCCGGAGCCAUUCGGCUCGCGUUGUAUUCACUCUUCUACUUCUGAUAGGCGAUAACGUUGCGUGUUCCGGGAGCAUCCUUGCAGGAGGUCCCCUUUGAAGGAACUGGUGGAACUGAAACAACAACCCAAACUUACUGAAAGUACCUUUCGCCACUAACGAUAUAAAGCAAUCCAAUAUUUUACUCCUCAACAGCGUAAAAUGAGCGAAGCUCCUGAACAGUGUGCGUAAGGAAAGAGGCAACGGAAGUUGGUGUAAGUUUAUGCUAGUGUAAAACCGGAACCUUCUUUUCCUUCGGGCGGAGCAUAUACAACCCGAACGCCGACAUCCUUGAUACCGACCCGAAAGACGAGAAUGGAACGAUCUCUUUCGCGAACGAGCUUCUUCGACUAUUGAAAACAAAACGUAGCUGUUUACUGACUAUUGUGUGUAGACUAUUGUGUACUUUUCAUCAUUUUCCAUUUAGUCGUGUGUUUCUGCUCGAUAAUAUUUGAUAUUACACCACUGUUUGAGCUUUCCGAUAUAACUGUUCACUUUCUUUGCAUAUCCCACUGUAAGUGCUAAACCUAAGACAUUGUUCGGCCGCAUCGAGAAUCGGCCCCGAAGUUAAGGAGGAUCUUUUUGGAGGAGCGAAAUCAACAGAAACUUGUGAAACCAUGAAUGAAGGAAUAAAAACUAGCAAACCGUGGUGCGAAUGGGCCAUGUUCUCCGUAACGGAAGCAGAAACCGUAACAGGCGGUUCUGUCUGAUAAGUGAUAAUCUACUAUUCAAACUCUCAAAAGAAGAAUUUUCGAGGAGCGUAAAAAACCAACCAACACAAU